GACUGCGGCAGACAUGAUCCCAAUCCUCCUCCUCUUCCUCAGCCUCUUCCCAGCGCCGGCGGCCUUCGCCUUCCCGGGCGUCCCCGUAAGCACCUGCCGCUCCUUCUGCGGCAACAUCACGGUGGACUAUCCCUUCGGCCUGCGCCCCGGGUGCGGCCAUGCGGGUUUCCGCGACCUCCUCUUCUGCAUUAACGGGGUGCUGAUGCUCCACCUCCCCUCCGGCUCCUACCGCGUGCUCGACGUCGACUACGCCUACCGGGGGCUCACCCUCCACGACCCGGCCAUGUCCGACUGCUAUGCCCUCGCCCGCUCCCCCGGCGGCCGCGGAAACGGCUUCAUCGUCGAGCCGUGGCGGGCCCCCUACCUCCAGCCCGACCCGAACAACGUCUUCCUCCUCCUGGGCUGCCACGCCGAGUCGCCACUCUUCCAGGGCUUCCCCGGGAAGCACCGCCCCUGCCGCAAUGUCUCCGGGAUGGGCUGCGAGGAGUAUUACCGCUGCCCGGCCUGGGCGGUGUUCCCCGGAGGCGGAGGGGCGACCUCGAGGAGGGACUCUGCCGCGUACGGGGCUGCGAGCCCGCCGGAGUGCUGCGCGGUGGAGUUCGGGGCGAUCCGGGCGAUCAACCUGAGCCAUCUGGGGUGUGAGGGGUACAGCAGCGCCUACAGCCUGGCCCCCGUGAGGGCGCGGGGCCCUGGGGCCUGGGCCUACGGCAUCCGGGCCACAUAUUCUCUUCCCGCCGAGCACCAGGGCUUCUGUGGGGCCUGCCGGGCCACCGGCGGCGUCUGCGGCUACGACGAAGCCAACAACGCUAACCUCUGCCUCUGCGGGGAUCGGAACUCCACUUCCAACUGCGACUCGGAUGUGGAUUUUGGUGUGGGUGCAGUUGGCUCGUCGAGCACAAGCGUGGAUGGCACGUUGUCCCUGACAAUUCUAGUCGGAGGAAUACUGGUCUCCACGAUUACUUGGAUUCUUGCCUUCUAGAAUCCCAUAAUCCCCUUAUUGAGCUUCUAUCCAUGGCACGAUAUAUGAUACAGAUUCUAUCUUGUAGAUUUGAAUUUUUUUCAUAUUUUCAUUUUUUGAUUGAUGAGACUCUGUUUUAAACUAGAUUCUAUGUCA